GAAAUGGGAGGCUAUUUUAUAGUUAACGGUAUAGAAAAAGUUAUCAGAAUGCUGAUUAUGCCUAGACGAAACUUCCCCAUUGCAAUGAUAAGACCCAAAUGGAAAAGCCGAGGCCCUGGUUACACAGAGUAUGGUAAGUGUAGUGAUUUCGUUAGGGGCAUCACCUUAGUAAGACAGAUACUUGAGAAUAAACAAAAGAAAAAGAGCAGGUGAUUUAUUGUAUUUAGUUAUUGCUUUCUGUUUUGUUCAUGCACUUGUGCUAUUCCAUAAAUAGCAGCCUGCUCAGAUGAGGGGAAAUUCAAUUCCUUGAAAAGGGAGAAGCCCAGUGCUGGAAAAAGCAAUUCUUUUAACAUUUGAAUGAAUUUUAGUGCUUGUGAAAAUAAAAGGCUAAUUACAUUAUAUAAGGCAUAAGCUAGGUUGAUGGCUUUUGACUGUUGUAAUCUGAAACAUCAAUAUCAGGUGAUACUGGAUUGUAAUCUGUCUGAUUCUGGGUGAUCCAUCUUACAUUGUGAGCAGGGUUUGAUGGAAACGAACCUGAGUCCAUCAAUCCAAUAGACACAGAAGUUUGUUGAUGCUGUAGGCAACACUGAAUUUCCUUUCCCUGCACUAAGUUAAGGUAGUAAAGAGAUUUAUCCACAGUUAAAAUAGAAUCUACACUACCUCCAUCGUAAGGCUCAAUGUCAUAAUUGGUAAUGGCUCUCCUUUGAAUCCUGCCUGUUUUUUAUAUUAAAACUCACUAUCAACAUGCCCUGUUUUUAAUGAAAAUCCUGUCGGUGCAUUGUGUUCUGCCUCAUUAAAAAUGCUUUGUUUAUAUUUAUUCACAGAGCAGGUACAUUUUUGACAAUGAGCUUGAAGCUGCUGUGUAAGACACAUAAAUACACUCCUUGCUCCAUAUGAUCUAGAAGGAUGAUGGUACAGGAUCUGUAGUUUGUUUCCCUAAUUUGUCCCACCAGUGUGUCUGAACUCUUGUCAUGCUACUACAUCUAGUAAUAAAAGAGUAGUUCAGUCACCACGGGCCUGAUUCCCCACUGUCUUACACAUUGCAGAGUCAUGUACACUGUACAGUGAUAUAAAAUGAUAUCAGAUCACAACAAUAGCAUUUUUCACCCACUUUGCACUAGUGUAAAAGGUAAUGACCUGAUUCAGCACAUGCUUAAUUUUAAGAUCAUGAAUAGCCCGUGAAGUCAGUGGGACUACUCAUGCUGAAAUACCUUGCAAAUCAGACCCUAUUUUAAUUAAUCUUUGAUCUCUCUCUUGAGACUGCCAGCAAGUGGGCCAGCUGUGAUGUCAAUACCCAUCCUGUAGGAACUGAAGUAAGACCUCUAAUUCAUUUCUAAACAGUUAUCUACAAGUGUGACAUAGUGUCUCAGUAUGAUACCUUUGAGCAUACAGUGCCCCCACCCAAGGAAAUCUAACCUGUAUCCGGAGCAAUCAAGGACAAUGCUUGUUUUGUAAUGCCGAUAGAAUGCAGUCAAUAGUUUCUGUGUUGUGUAAGUGAAUCUUUACUUAUGUUCAUUUUGGCAGGUAUAUCGAUGCACUGUGUUAGGGAUGAGCACACUGCUAUAAACAUGAACCUUCACUACCUGGAGAAUGGUACGGUGAUGCUGAACUUCAUUUUUCAGAAAGAGUUGUUCUUCCUCCCACUGGGAUUUGCACUGAAGGCAUUAGCUGGUUUCUCAGAUUACCAGAUUUUUCAAGAGUUGAUCAAAGGAAGAGAAGACAACUCCUUCUAUAAGAACUGCAUCUCUCAGAUGCUGAGAAUGGUAAUGGAGGAGGGCUGUGCCACGCAGAAGCAGGUCCUUAACUACAUUGGGAAAUGCUUCCGAGUGAAACUCAACCUUCCUGAAUGGUACCCAAAUGAGCAAGCUGCAGAAUUCCUUGUGGAUCAGUGCAUCUGUAUACACUUGAAAACCAAAACUGAGAAGUUCUACUUGCUUUGUCUGAUGACCCGGAAGCUGUUUGCUUUUGCCAAAGAAGAGUGCAUGGAGGAGAAUCCAGAUAGCCUUAUGAAUCAGGAGGUGCUUACCCCAGGGCAGCUUUACCUCAUGUUCUUAAAGGAGAGGAUGGAAGCUUGGUUGCUUUCUGUUAAAGCAGCCUUGGACAAAAGAUCUCAAAAGACCAAUAUAACCAUAAAUUCAGAAAAUAUGAUGAAGCUAUUCAGCAUGGGAAUUGAUGUUACAAGGCCAUUUGAAUAUCUCCUUGCUACUGGUAACCUGCGCUCUAAAACAGGUCUGGGUAUGCUACAAGAUUCUGGUCUGUGUGUGGUGGCAGACAAGCUGAAUUUUAUUCGUUACCUGUCCCAUUUUCGCUGCGUACACAGAGGUGCUGCAUUUGCCAAGAUGAGAACCACCACAGUGCGCAAACUGCUGCCAGAAUCCUGGGGCUUCCUGUGCCCUGUGCACACCCCCGACGGAGAGCCCUGUGGGCUGAUGAACCAUAUUACAACUGUCUGCGAAAUAGUGUCGCAGUCAGCCUACACCUUGUCCCUGCCACCUUUGCUCUGCUCCUUAGGUGUCACUCCAGUUGAUGGGACUCCAAGCCAACCCUAUGCAGAGUGUUACCCAGUUACACUGGAUGGCUCGUUAGUGGGCUGGGUAGAAAAAGAUAUGGCUCCUAGGAUUGCAGAUACUCUCCGGCACUUUAAGGUAAUGCAAGAAAAGAAAAUUCCGGCCUGGACUGAGGUAGUCCUUAUUCCAAUGACAGGAAAACCUAGCCUGUAUCCAGGAUUAUUCAUUUUUACUACCCCUUGCAGGAUGGUUCGGCCUGUGAGAAAUUUGGCCGUGGGAAAGGAAGAAUUGAUUGGUACGCUGGAACAGGUCUUCAUGAACAUUGCUGUCCUUGAGGAUGAAAUUGUGCCUGGCGUGACCACUCACCAGGAGCUCUUUCCUCAUAGCAUGCUGAGUGUGGUAGCCAACUUCAUUCCGUUCUCUGAUCACAACCAGAGUCCCAGAAACAUGUACCAAUGCCAGAUGGGCAAGCAAACUAUGGGCUUUCCACUUCUGACUUAUAAGGAACGCUCAGAUAAUAAACUGUACCGACUUCAGACCCCGCAAAGCCCCUUGGUGCGGCCAUCCAUGUAUGAUUACUAUGACAUGGACAACUAUCCAAUUGGCACCAAUGCAAUCGUUGCUGUCAUCUCCUACACUGGCUAUGACAUGGAAGAUGCAAUGAUUGUAAGUAAGGCUUCGUGGGAGAGAGGAUUUGCACAUGGCAGCGUUUACAAGACGGAGAGCAUAGAUCUUGCUGAAAAAAUCAAACAAGGAGAUGACAGUCUGGUGUUUGGAGUCAAGCCUGGUGAUUCAAGGGUUAUACAGAAUCUAGACGCUGACGGACUGCCGCACAUUGGAACCAUACUGCAGUAUGGGGAUCCUUACUACAGCUACCUGAACCUCAGUACCGGGGAGAGCUUCAUAACCUAUUACAAGAGUAAGGAAAGUUGCGUUGUGGAUAAUAUCAAAGUGUGCAGCAAUGACAGUGGAAAUGGAAAAUUUAAAAGUAUUUGCAUCACUAUGAGAAUCCCUCGUAACCCAACUAUUGGGGACAAAUUUGCCAGCCGACAUGGACAGAAGGGUAUUUUGAGCAGACUCUGGCCAGUUGAGGACAUGCCAUUUACAGAGAGUGGAAUGGUUCCAGAUAUUCUCUUCAAUCCUCAUGGCUUUCCAUCCCGAAUGACCAUUGGAAUGCUGAUUGAGAGUAUGGCAGGGAAGUCUGCAGCGUUGCAUGGCCUCUGUCACGAUGCCACCCCCUUCACGUUUUCAGAGGAGAACUCUGCCUUGGAAUACUUUGGCAAGAUGUUGAAGGCUGCUGGCUAUAACUACUAUGGAACAGAGAGGAUGUAUAGUGGAAUCAGUGGGGUGGAACUGGAGGCAGAUAUUUUUAUUGGAGUUGUGUACUAUCAACGCCUGCGCCACAUGGUCUCGGACAAGUUCCAAGUGAGGACGACAGGAGCCAGAGAUAAAGUCACCAACCAGCCCAUCGGUGGGAGGAAUGUCCAGGGGGGGAUUCGCUUUGGAGAGAUGGAACGCGAUGCUUUGUUGGCUCACGGCACGUCCUUCUUGCUGCAUGACCGUCUCUUCAACUGUUCUGAUCGGUCUGUGGCCCAUGUCUGUGUCAAGUGUGGCAGUUUGCUUUCUCCUUUGUUGGAGAAGCCUCCGCCUUCCUGGUCCACCACACGCAAUAGGAAAUACUACUGUACUGUGUGCAAUCAGAGCGACACAAUCGACACUGUUUCCGUGCCUUAUGUCUUCCGGUAUUUUGUGGCUGAGUUGGCAGCCAUGAACAUAAAAGUGAAACUCGACGUGAACUAACUGUGGAUGUGAAUAGCCAGUCAACUACUCUGGAAAAACUAAUUUUUAAAUGUCCAGAUUUUUCUGUCGAAGGAUUUAAAAGGAAUAUUAACUCAUAGCUUGAAAUCCUGCAACAGCUGUGGGAUUAAUUCGAUUUGUGUACUUAAACUGGGGAGAUAAUCUGCUAAAUUACGUAGCAAUCAAAUGGAGAAGAGGUACAGACCCCUUAAUAGUCACUGUUAGCUCUGUAACAAUCCUCUGCAUUUGUUUCAUAUUAGCCAAAAAUCGCUUUAGACCAGGGGUGGGCAAACUUUUUGGCCUGAGGGCCACGUCAGGGUUCCGAAACUGUAUGGAGGGCUGGGUAGGGAAGGCUGUGCCUCCCCAAAUAGCCUGGCUUUCACCCACUCCCUGCCCCCUGACUCCCCCCCUCAGAACCCUUGACCCAUCCAACCCCCCCAGCUCCUUGUCCCCUGACCAUCCCCUCCUAGAACCCCAACCCCUAUCCAACCCCCCUCCUGUUCCCUGACUGCCCUGCCCCCUGACAGGCCCCCCCAGGACUCCCAUGUCUAUCCAACCCCCCCAUCCCCUGACUGCCCCCCCCCCCAGAACCUCCGCCCCAUCCAACUGUCCCCUACCCGUCCCCCGGAACCCCCUCCCCCUUAUCCAACCCCCUUGCUCCCCGCCCCCUUACAUGCCACUCAGAGCAGCAGGACUGGCAGCCGUGCAGCCCGGCUGGAGCCAGCUGCGCUGCCUAGAGGACUGGCGGCAUAACAAGCUGAGGCUGUGGGAGAGGGGGACAGCAGGGGAGGGGCCGGGGACUCAAGGGCCGGGCAGGACAGUCCCACGUAGUUUGCCCACCUCUGCUUUUGACAGUCAGGUAUGAAAACUGAGCAGUGCCAAUGAUUUGCUGGACUAGUGGGCUGGGAAUUAAAGCGUUAACUCCUUUCCCCAGGUACUGCACCUUGUAACUGUGUGCUGACUGUUCCAGGUAGUGGAUGCACCACAGUUGUGCUGAAGAGAUUAAAUAAAGUGGAAUGUCCUUUGAACACUGGAAGACCACCGAAAGUCUCUUUUUUGUAAAAGAAUCAAACCUAAUGCCUUAAUGGCUGGCACAGUGUCACUGUCAUGUGCAGCCAGCCAGGAAAAAUCAUUUCUUUGCCUAUGUGAGAAAUAAAUCUGUGAUGAUUUAAAGGGGAAAACGCUUGUGGUGAUUUGAAGGCACAGCCCGAAGUCAGGACAUGGUAGAGUGGCUCUGCUCGAGGAGGAGCUCUGGAAAGAGCCUGCCUCAGAGAGGCACAGUCUGUCAUAAGGGGCAACAGUCUGCUCCAUUCACUGGGGGGAGCAGAUUGCUGCUUCCACUGUGUCAGCCCCAUUCUGCCAGCCAGUGUGAAGGGGGCAGGCUGUUAGUCCCAGGGCAGCAGCACAACUGGGAUGUAGGGGGAAAAGUUCUUGCUCACCCUGCAGCAGCCUCUUGGGCCAUUCACAAUCUGGGCUUUAAGUCUAAUGACUUCCUGCUACCUGUGCUUCUCAGUGUGUGAACAAUUAACACUGACUAGUUACCUUCACUUUGGUUACAGGCACGUUCUAGUCAGCGUCACUUCCUGGCAUAAUCUGGGCUGCAAACACUGCAGCAGCAACAUUUCAAUCGUAUCCCUUGUUUAAUUUUAUAUUUUAUUCCAUGGAAACGUGACUCUGGUUUUGUAAAAGUUCAUUUUUAACUAAACUAAACUUGUGGCAAAAUAAAUUUUUUUAUUAUUACG